AUGUGUGAGACAACAAAAAAUCGAUCUGUGCCCGUCCCAAUGGGUCUUAGGAUGCCUUGCAGAGACCAGGAGUACAUCUAUCCCAAGUACUGUUGUUUGAUGCUCAUCCUCUUCAAACCAUGGAGGUUGGUAUUUGAUCUCAAACAAACAACACAGUCAUGGACUGAAAGCUUCGAAACAUUUAGACGCACAUGUAACAAGAAGAUUAUUGCCAUCUUGAAUAACAUGCAGAUAUUGCAUGAAUGCAAGGACAGCUGGGAUGACCAUUUUGCGAACCGCCGGCUUUGA